AGUAUUAGCAGUGAUAAAUAAUGAACUGAUAAUUACAUGCUGCAAUAAUUGAUUAAUCUUCCUUGUGUAUUCAAAUGGCUGAGGAAGAUGACCUAAACCUACCAAGAGCCGCCAUCAAUAAAAUGAUAAAGGAAAUUUUACCCCAGGUCCGAGUAUCAAAUGAAGCACGAGAAUUAAUAGUAGCUUGUUGUAAUGAGUUCAUUCAUCUUGUUUCAUCGGAAGCAAAUGAGAUUUGCAACAAAAACACAAAGAAGACCAUAAUGCCUGAGCAUGUGUUGGAAGCAUUAGAAGCGCUUGGGUUCGGGACUUACGUAACAGAAUGCAAAGAAGUUCUUGCCGAAUGCAAACAUGUCGCACAGAAGAAGCGAAGAGGAAGUAGUAGGUUGGAAAACCUUGGCAUUCCUGAGGAAGAAUUACUAAGGCAACAACAGGAACUGUUUGCUCAGGCGAGACAGCAACAACUUGAGCAGGAACAGCAGGAGUGGCUUCAACAACAAAUGGAGAUGGUUCGUGAUGGUUUGAUACCCGCACCUGGUCAACCACCAUCACAAGAUAUAGCUGGUCCUUCCUCUUCUGCUGAAAAUGGUUGAAGUUUAACAUUAGGUUCCAAACCUGGGGUGGCAGGGUAGGAAGGCUGCUCUGGAAUUUUCUUCAUUAUUCAGAAAACAUUACGACCAAAUUUGUCCCGGAUUUUUUUUGCAUUACUCCUUAAUCGGUUGAACCAAGUUGUUUUAUAAAGUAUAAGUAGUGUCAAGUCCAACUAUUACCGGCCUCCCCUGCCUUUUACAGUUAUGUCUGGCGCUUAUGAAUUGGUCCAUUAUGUGUUCCACAUCCGCUAAGCUCAAUGAGGAAGUGUAUGGUUGCCUUUCAAGCCCAACUUUUAGACCAUUACUUACUUAUUUUUUGUUAAAAAUCAUCAGAAAGCAUAGUCGUAAUUUUGAAAUUGUGACAAGAUUGUGAAAAACUGUAAGUCACUAAAGUUAUAACAUGUUCAUUUUGAAUUUAAAGUAUUAAUAUAUGGAUUAGUUAAAUAUAGUCUUGUGAAAUCGCCAGUGAUUACUUUAUAGUGAUGUAUUUUUACUUCCUGUACGACUGUACAUCACAUUAAAAAACACAUAUUUUUA